AUGGCUCAAGCCGAGAGACAAGAUCCGACUCGGAUCUCAAUUCUAGGCGAGCCUAAUAUCAUCGUCGAUCACGGUCUUUGGCUUAACUUUGUUGUUGAUGACCUCCUCGAGAACACCCCUACGUCGACCUACGUCCUCAUCACAGAUACCAAUCUUUUUGACACAUAUGUCCCUCCCUUUCAAGCUCGUUUCGAGGCCGCUUCCCAGGCAACAGCCACUCGGCUACUCACGUACACCAUCCCACCAGGAGAGGCUUCCAAAAGCCGUGAGACAAAGGCCGAGAUAGAGGAUUGGAUGCUCUCCCAACAAUGCACCCGCGACACGGUCAUUAUAGCUCUUGGCGGCGGCGUUAUGGGGGAUAUGAUCGUCUAUGUUGCA